AUGAAUAUUGAUAAUUGGUUAUUACCAUCACCAUUAAAUCAAUUACAACAAAAUCAUUAUAAUCUUUGUCAAGAAAAGUUACAAUCACUACUUAAUCUUCCAUUACGUAUCGAUUGUUUAUCAACUGAAACCCUAUGGACAAAUUCAAUCGAACAAACAACAAUAACAAUCAAUAAUCGUAAUCCAUUAAAAAUGUAUUGGCAAAGAAAUUUAAAUGAAUUACGCGUAUUUUUAAAACUUAAUCAAGAAAAUCAUGCAAAACUCGAUGCAAAUAUUAUUGAAAUACAUAAACGUAAACGUUUACAAACGACACGUUAUGUUAAACAAGAUAUAUUACAAUCAUCCGUAAUAAUCUCUUUUUCACAAAUACCAACAACAAAUAAUCAUCUACUUGUAUUAACAAUAAUGGGUAAACAUUGUAUUUUCGAAUUACAAAUACCAUCUAUAGAAAAUAAUUUUAUCUAUCGUGGUACAUAUAGAAAAAUGGGUGAAGAUGCACAAUUAAGAUCAGUUACGGCACUUUUUAAUUGUACAAUAUAUAUUGAUAAUGAUAUGGCAUUAUUACUAAGUGAAUACGGUUUAUGUCGAAUAAUUUCAUAG